GAUCGGAUAUAAGAAUACACUCGAUGACGGAUAUUCGCUAGUUUAUAUUUUAAAACACGCUGUACGCGACGUCUCGUGGUUGUUCACUCACUUGUCGAAAGGUACUUGAUACGUAGCAAUGAAGUAGUGUACACGUUAGUGAUAAGGACAUCUUCUGAGAUAAAAGUGUGAGUAAAUAGUGUUCAGACAAUUUGAAGGUAAGACGACAAUUAAUUGAUGUGUUUUUUUUUCGUGUUGUGUGAGUGUGUUUGAGUCGGUGAUAUAGUAAACAGUGGCAAUGGAUGAAUGAUUCACACUACAACUUACAUCUUCAAACAAACUUCAAUCUUCACACCUUGAUUAUAAAGCUCAAAUUGGAUCGUCGAAAUGGAGAAAACAAGGCCAUCAGCGCCCCCCAUUCACGUGGUUUCAGACAACUACAGUUCAAAAAUCGAGCUAGCUUACAAUGGAUCUAGAGAAGACUUGGAACCUUAUAUUCCAUCUCAACAUAGACCGAUAGCUUCUAAUACAUCGAGUUUCGGUGCGCUCGCUCACCUCCUAAAAGCCUCGCUGGGUUCCGGAGUGCUGGCGAUGCCGCUAGCCUUCAAGAAUGCCGGUCUGGUGAUAGGCAGCAUCGGCACGUUACUCAUAGGCUUCGUGUGCUGCCAUGUUAUACAUGUUUUGGUAAAAACCUCUCAACAACUGUGUGUAGACCUCAAGAAACCAGCGAUAGGAUACGCAGACACAUGUGACCUGGUGUUUCAAAAUGGACCUAAGCCAGUUAGAAAAUUCGCUCCUUUUGCACGAGAGUUAGCAGACUGGGCGUUAGCGCUAACACACAUGGGUGCGUGCUGUGUCUACGUGGUGGUCAUAGCCGAGUCAUUCAGACAAGUAUCAACAGUGUACGGCGGCCCCGACUGGUCAGUGACAGUCUACUGCGGGUUGACGCUAGUAGUACUUCUCCCACUGACUCAAAUCACGAAGCUAAAGUACCUGGUUCCAUUCUCGGCGCUAGCAAACUUCGUGUGGCUCGGCUCGAUAUGCAUCUGCUUAUACUACUGCUUGAGAGACACUCCUGACUUCUCUGACAAACAUCUUGUUACUUCUAUCAGUGGAUUACCUACUUUCAUAAGCACAAGUCUCUUCGCGAUGGAAGGUAUAGGCGUGGUGAUGCCAAUAGAAAAUGAGAUGAAGAAACCUCAAGACUUCCUCGGAUGUCCAGGAGUCCUCAAUGCUGCAAUGUCAGCUAUAGCCGUAAUGUACGGUUUCGUUGGAUUCAUCGGCUACCUGAAGUACGGUGAUGAAGCCAGGGGCAGUUUGACCCUCAAUCUCCCACAGGAAGAAGUAUUAGCUCAAACCGCGAAGCUCUUGGUGGCUUGCGUGAUGUUGCUGUCUUUCACUCUAGUAUACUACGUACCUGUUGAUGUUGUUUGGAGGAGAGUCCAAGACAGGAUACCGGCGAGAGGACACCGAUGGGCCCUCGCCGGCAUCAGGUUCUUUGGAACUUUAUUGCUAGUCGGUAUCGCCAGUGCAGUGCCAAGAUUGGAGCUAUUCAUGGAAUUGGUGGGAGCUAUCUGUUUGUCCAUCAUGGGUCUGCUUCUACCAGCAGUGGUGGAGACUGUGUUUAGGUGGAACAAGGACAUUACAAUAUAUUCUUUCGUUGUAUGGAAGAAUGUUGUUAUAGGAGUAUUUGCCCUAGUCGCCAUGUUCUCUGGAGUUACCUCCGCAAUCAUGGCGAUUGUAAACGAACUGUGAUCAUCUAUUUUGUAAAUGAUGUAUAAUUAAUUUUAUAAAUGUUAGUUAUAAGUCUAGAAUAAUAAUGUUAACUUAUAAAUGUGAUGUUCGUUGUAAUAAUAAUUAUUGUCUUAAUAAAAACUUUGUUGUAAAUAAUUCAGUAAUAAAAUAGGUUUUAAUUUUA